CUUUUCAAAUAAAACGAUAAAAAACGAUUUUUCGAUGUCGAUCAAUUUUUGAAGCGUUAAUGAAGUUAAACAAAAAAAAGUUGAUAUAAAAGGAGACAUCGUUAUCUCGUCGCCAUUAACGGCGCAAAAGCAAUAGAGAACCGAUAUAUCUCUGAUGUAUCCCUGAAAGAAGAGAAAUAUACGUAUGCACUGGUAAAUGGAGGGAAGGAGGUCGCGCAAGCGCUUCGGUUAGGCGCCGGUUAAAAGGCCCGGGGCGAAGAUGCACCAUGGCAUGGGAGUGUCAAUGGGCGAUCGUCACGGUGAUCAAACUUCAACGAUGCAACCCAGGAAUGGAGUUUGCAGCAAAAUCGAAAAUUACAUAUCCGAGCUGGGACACUGGGCCGUAUGGCGUGCUAUAAUAAUGGGCCAAUUUUUGUCGCUGGUACUUUGCUUCAUGACAUUCAUUAAUCAUUACAUCAACACGACUUACCAGUUAUCAUUACCAACAGGACAAAAUUUGCCACACUACGCUAUGAUGUGCCUAGUAUACACAACGUGGAUGUCCUGUAGGGGUGUUGGAAAUGGUCUAAUAUCUGUAAUAAGAGCCCGUGGUUGGAGGUACUUGUUGUUAGCACUCAUCGAUGUUGAAGCGUGCACACUUAUUACAUCGUCCCACCAGUUCACCAGCCUCGCCAGUAUACAGUUACUCGAUUGCGUGGCUAUCCCAGUGGCAUUGGCACUUUCGUGUUUAGUUCUCGGAGUAAGAUAUAGGAUGGUUCACAUCGUUGGUGUUUCCGUCUGUCUGAUGGGUGUAGGAUGUUUAGUUUGGGCAGGAAUUCACGACAAUAAAGAUCCGGCAUCCACUGGUAAAAAUCAAUUAGUCGGCGACAUGCUUUGUCUCGGCGGUGCCGUUUUAUUCUCGAUAACGACGGUACUUCAAGAAUUGGCUGUUAAAACGGUCGAUAUUAUCGAGUACUUGGGUAUGAUUGGUUUCUUCGGCACCAUAUUGAGUUGUUUGCAAAUAGCCGUUCUCGAAAGACUUCAAAUCGAAUUGUUCCAUUGGGACAAUGUACCUGUUAUCACGUUUUUGGUGGUUUACUGUAUCGCACAAUUUGUUUUUUUCUCUCUCAUUCCUGUCGUUUUAUACGAGACCGGUGCAACUGCAUUGCAAUUAGCUCUUUUAACUGCGGAUUCCUUCAAUAUUGUAUCGGGAAUAUUGUUACAUCAUUAUAAGUUUCACACCUUGUAUUUUGUCUCGUACACGCUCACGAUGACUGGCAUAUACAUUUAUGCUAUAAAGAGGACACCGAUGUCAUCGAACUCGCGAAGGCAACACAUCGAGCCUCCUGCUCCAGAUUAUAGUGAUAUAAUUUUAAGACACAUGUCGCACGGCGAAGUGGGUGAAGUGGAGAUGGCAACGAGCUCCGGUAUGUCAGCAGUGAGCGGUAUUCUUGAUAUAAGAGCAUCCACUCUCGGAAGUGAAAGAGAAACGAUGGAUGCAAUGAGUUUACCCCUUAGUGUCAGUUCCGACACAGCCUUCACAUCGUUCUAUGGUAGUCAAACAUAAAGGCUACUAAUGGGCACAACGAUUCUGCCUGUAAUUAACGAGGUAGAUGGAAACAAUUGCCUAGAUGAAUAGUACGUAAGUCCAAAAGUAACCCUUUAUAAGGGACGUAAAAAAAAUGUAACUUGAGGAUACAAUACGAGGAUAUUCAAAGGAAAAAAACAAAAAGAAUCACGAAAAAAUGUUUGUAUAUCGAAAUAAUAGUUACAAUUGUAAUAGUACAGUUUAUAUUACAUUUUUUUAGAUAGCAGUAUGUAUAUAUAUAUAUAUAGAUAUAUGUAUAUGUAUACAUAUAUAUAUAUAUCCUCCAAAGAUCAACCAAAAGAAAAUUCCCUUUGGAGGAGUGUCAUUACUUUUAACUAUCUUCCCUAUCACGAUGCACGAUUUUCUCAAAUCAUUGACGAUCCCAUAAUGACAAUAUCGGCAGCACGAGCGAUUAUGUUCUGUUUGAAACAUUUAUGGUCGCUGGCCUAUGUCAGUAGCUACUUUUUGCAUGCUCCUGCCUUUAGAAUAGUACGUGAUUAUAAGGGUAUAGAGAAAAAAUAGUAGAUGACGAUAAAUGAUGUAUAAUAUUGUCGACACUGUCACGACGUCGAUUGACAUUUCUUAUCUUAUAAUUAGUUAGAAAAACGGAACGUGAUACGACGAUACUUUGCAAGUCAUUUUUCUACAUUAGUCGUAACUCGGUUGUGCGUAUUGAUACAUAUAUACAUUCAUAUAUACAUUAUAUAUAUAUAUAUUUAUGUGUGUGUGUGUCAAAAAAUAUUUCUUGACAAUGGGUACAAGUCGAGAGAUCAGCCGAGUAAAUCUUUUCAGCCGAGAAAAGAUUUGAUGGUUUUUAAUUUUUAGUGUACUUUAAGGCUUAAAUAUUAAGAAUAUUUAAUAAAACACUAAUUAUUGCCGUUUAUACUUAAUCACGAGUAUGUUUCCGAAAUUGUUUUCACUUGAGAUUAAAAAAAGGAGAAUCAUCUCAAAGAGAUGUGUGUGCCAAAUAUCUCGAUAUUACUUGUUUUAUUACAUUCUACAAAAAUUUAUCACGUAGGACAUUUUCUUUUGUUGCCUUUCUUUUUCCUUUUUUUAUUUCUUUUUGAAUCUUCGCAUAUACUUUUAUCUUGUUGUUGAUUCAAUUUUUAUUACUUGUCAUUUAAAUCUGUCGCAACUUUCCCUUUAUUAGGGAAAAUUUAUAGAAACCAGUUAAGUGUUUGUAUAUUAAUAUUAUACAUAACUAAUGAGUAAUAUCUUUAAAUGCAUUAAGCAUUCGUUAUUCGAUAUAGUUAAACUAUCAAAACGUUUUGUUACGAGUUCAUCGAAAAAUCAAUAAAGCGAAUAAAAUGG